AUGCAUUCAAAUAAACUGUCUCUACCCCUUGCAAAGUCUCCUGCGGGCUUCCUCAAGCUCAUACAAGAGUCUCCGUCUCUCAUUCGACGAGCUAGACUUCUCGACUCAUCCGCCCACUUCUCUUAUGUCACGCCGCUCCCUGUCCCAUUUCCCUUUCGCAUCGAGUUCCCAGACGAAAUUGAAGACAAGCGAGGUUUUAUAGAGGCGUGGCUCAGUCACAGAGAAGCUACGGAACCCAUCGAACAGCAAGAUGCUGACAAGCCCUCGAACGGUCUUACAAAGUAUACAUCAGCGGACAGGUUGCAAGAGCGAGAACUCAUCGGAGUCUCCGAAGCCUGCGUACAAGAUUGCUUUCCACAACUGGAUAUCGGCGACGCGCUUGAUCUCAUUGGAAAGCCAUCGUUGAUGGCGCAAUCUCUGAGCGAGCCGAGCAAUCAUGCUGGGGACUCCCAAUCUACUGCCCGUCAGGAGUUAGUGGACAUCCUCAGCGGUCACACUGUCUUGGCCUCCUAUCCCGCCAACGAGGCCGACUCUGGUUACGCCCCUUGGUCACUGCGUUAUUCGGGACACCAAUUUGGUCAAUGGGCAGGUCAACUCGGUGAUGGAAGAGCGAUAUCGAUAUUGGAAGUCACCAACCCAAGCAGCCCAAGCGGACUUUACGAGCUUCAGCUCAAGGUCGUGCGUAGCUCGAUUCGCGAAUACCUCUGUGCCGAAGCCAUGCACGCGUUAGGCGUACCCACUACUCGGUCUCUCGCGUUGACACUCUUACCGACGCUACCGGUCAUGCGAGAAAGGAUUGAAAAGGCUGCGAUUGUCACAAGAGUUGCGCCGUCGUUUCUACGAGUGGGGUCGUUCCAGGCUCUCAACCCUCCGGAGCAAAUGUUCUUCUUUGGGGGUGGCCAGCAAGCUGCUGACCUCGAGGCUUUGCGUAUACUCGGAGAAUACGUGAGCAAACAUGUCCUGCGGCUGGAUUUGCCAGAGGGUGCUCCUUGGGGCAAGGCUCUGCUCAUGGAAUGUGCAAAGAGAAAUAGUAUCAUGGUUGCUGGUUGGCAAGCCUACGGAUUUAUGCAUGGAGUUAUCAACACGGACAAUGUAUCGAUAAUGGGCCUUACAAUCGACUAUGGACCGUACGCUUUCAUGGACGUCUAUGAUUCGGGACAUAUUUGCAAUCAUAGUGAUGAUAGCGGACGUUAUUCCUUCAAGCUUCAGCCAACCAUGAUUUUAUAUGCUCUUCGCGCUCUACUAUCUUCCUUGGCACCCGUCAUUGGCUCAGAAAUGUCCACAAAUGCGGCUGUACAGGUGGGAUGGACGAAGGAUGUACCGCCAGAGACAACAGCGGAAUGGACGAAGAGUGGCCUGUCUAUCCAGGAAGAUAUGGAAUCAUUUGUAAUGAACACAUUCAUGGACGAGUAUGUCCGCUUGAUGAGAAGACGGUUGGGUCUCUUGACGGAAAAGGAGACAGAUUUCAGAGAGUUGAUCACUCCAAUGCUCGCGCUCUUUGAACAAAGAGAGGUCGAUUACUCAUCGACCAUGCGUCGCUUAGCUUGGUUUGAUCCUGAAAUGAUGGACAGUGAUCGCACAACGGACCUACAAGCUUUUCUUUCAACUCUGGAGACUACAUCUCAAUGUGCAAAACCCGGAGGAGACAAUACCAAUUCAAAUCCAUGGGCCGAUUGGUUUGGCAAGUAUGCUUUGCGUAUCAACGAGGAGAAGGCCCAGUGGACGGAAUCAGCAGGCAAAUCGGUUUCAUGGCUCGAAAAGCGCAAAGAGUCUAUGCUCGAAUCGAACCCUAGGUUUAUCCUGCGACAAUGGCUGCUAGAAGAUGUCAUCGCCAAAGUGGAAAAGGACCAUGAAUCUGGCCGGCGGGUAUUAGCCAAAGUCUUGGAGAUGGCAUUGAAUCCAUUCAAGGCUUGGGGAGCGGAGGAACUUGACGAGAAAGAUAUUCUGGAUGCGGAAACUAGAGAGGAACGACGGUUUUGUAGCCUGGGAGAGCAAGGAAUGCUCGGUUUCCAAUGCUUUGCCUUGAUGGUUCGCAUCAAGAACCGAUGGCUGUUGGUUGAAUUCCUGAAUCCCAACCUUGACGAGCGGCCAGUCCCAUUUACAACGUCGAAAAUCUUUCAUGCCCUCAAGAACAGCGCCAUUCUAAACUUUGGAGAUGCCGGAUGGGGUGCUAUUGGUACUUCUCUCAGUGUCAAAUACUAUUCUCCUACGACGUCACUUUGCAUAAUCCGAGUUGGAAGAGAGCAUGUCCGCAUUGCUAAAGCGGCGGUCACUUUGCUCACUGAACUCGAGGGGACUGCUAUCAUCCCAAUUGUGCUUCAUACUUCAGGAACUAUCAAGAAACUUCAGUUGGCCGCAAUUGAGCACAACCGACUCGUCGUGGCACGUUUUCGUGCAAGAGGAUACAAGGCCAACAAAGGUUUCACUGGCGACACUUUGGACAGUUACUUGGAGAGUAGCACACAUGAAAUCCAAGCCAUUGAUGACUAA